AUAUGACGUGCUUAUUAUUAAAGACGAGGUAUCUUUUACUUAUAAUCUUUUCAACAGCUCUGUCCUAUGGAGGACCAUCCUGAAUUCAUCUGGACACCUAGAAGCUUAUGGGUGGGUAGACGCGAGUAAAUCAUGGCAGCUAAGCGUGGCAUUACCGAUGGAUGCCUGUGAUAAUUACAACAUAUGUGGUGCUUAUGGAACCUGCAACAUUAAUUUAGUACGGCAGUCUUGUACUUGCUUGGAUACCAAAAGAUUUGUACCCAGAAAUGAAAAGGAUUGGAACACAUCUAAUUGGUCAGGUGGUUGUAUUAGGCGAACACCAUUGGAUUGUAAAAAGGGAUCAGAAGGGUUUAUCAAGUACCCUAAUGUAAAACUGCCAGACACAGAGAAUACGGAAUUUAACAUGAGCAUGACUUUGGAAGAAUGUGAAGCAAAAUGCUUACAGAAUUGUACUUGCAUGGCUUAUGCAAAUCCAGACAUCAGCUCUAGAGGCUGCUUGCUCUGGUUCAAUGAGCUUAAAGACAUCCGAGUUUAUUCUGAAGGCAAUGGUAUUGGUGGUAAGGAUAUUUUUAUAAGAAUGGCUUCCCCUGAAUCAGCUGCUCAACCGGCUUUCAAAAGGAAAGGACCAAAGUCACCAAACAUUAAAAUCAUAUUACUUGUAAUCUUCCCGGGGGUUUUCCUCAUAGGGGUCAUUUCUACGUGGUUGUGGUACGCACGGAAAAAAAGGAAUUAUGUGGGACCACUAGGAAAAGGCCAGGAAGAAGACAUUCAUGUGCCAUUCUUUAGCUUCUCUACGAUAGCAGCAGCCACUGCCAGUUUUUCAGAUGAUAAUAAACUCGGAGAGGGUGGAUUUGGACCAGUCUAUAAGGGUGUGCUAGAGGAAGGGCAAGAAAUUGCAGUUAAGCGCCUCUCAAAGACUUCCAACCAAGGAGUUAAUGAGUUCAAGAAUGAAGUCAUUUGCAUUUCAAAACUUCAACACCGAAAUCUUGUAAAGCUCCUUGGCUAUUCCAUAAAAGAAGAUGAGAAGUUGUUAAUCUAUGAGUACAUGCCAAAUAAAAGCCUAGACUCGAUUAUCUUCGAAUCAAAGCAAAGCAUGCACCUUGAUUGGACGAAACGCUUCAACAUCAUCAAAGGAAUUGCUCGAGGACUUCUAUAUCUUCAUCACGAUUCACGGCUUAGAAUUAUACACAGAGAUCUUAAAGCCGGCAACAUUUUACUAGAUCGAGACAUGAACCCUAAGAUAUCAGACUUUGGCUUAGCUAGAAGUUUUGGAGGAAAUGAGUCCCAAGCAAAUACCCAAAGAGUUGCUGGCACAUAUGGUUACAUGCCCCCGGAGUAUGCACGAGAUGGUCUUUUCUCAAUGAAGUCAGAUGUAUUUAGCUUUGGCGUUUUGGUUUUGGAGAUUGUGAGUGGGAAGAAAAACAGAGGAUUCGCUGAUCCUGAGCACUACAAUAAUCUUACCGGGCAUGCAUGGAGUGCAUACAAUGAAGGCAGGUCAACGGAACUGAUUGAUGCAAAUUUAGCUGGAUCAUGGGAUCCACACGAAGUAUUAAGAUCAAUCAAAGUGGGAUUGUUAUGUGUUCAAAAUAUUGCAGGAGAUAGGCCAAACAUGCUGUAUGUAGUCCGGAUGUUGGACGGUGAGGGUGAAUUACCACAACCUAAGCAGCCAGGAUUUUUUGUAGGAAGUGAUUUACCUGUGGCUAACUACUCUUUAAACAAACACCCAGAGCCAGCAGGUUCAAUCAAUGAUUUAACCAUUACUCAGUUGGAUGCUCGAUAGAAAGCUUAGGCAGCAUUUGGUCCACAAUAUGUUUUUGGAAAGAAUGUAAUCAGUCAAUAAAAAUGAAAUAUGAUAUAUUUAUGAUCUGCCAUGCUUAUGGUUGCAACGCAAUGGAAUAAAAAUCAAUU